UGUUCUUCUCAGUGUCUCUCAAACACCAGAGGCAGAAGCAGUUCCGAGCAUCCACCCAACAUCCAGACAACGUAACAAGAUAACAUGGAGAAGCAGCAGAUGCCUCUCCCAGCCAUGCCGGCUCCACCUUACCCUGGUCCCCCUCAAGACUACAGUACAGGGGUCUAUCAACCUUAGCCUAUGGUCGAACAAGGUCCAACUGUCCAACAACAUUCGUACCAGUACACAACCCAAGCUCAGAUUGUACAACCGGUGAGCCAGGUGGUGGUGGUGCAGCAGUUUCCAGCGGAGUGUCCUGGACAGAUGGCAUGCCCUCACUGCCAGACUACUGUUGUUACAAAAACAUCAUACCAAACUGGCAUGCUCACCUGGCUCAUUUGUGGCAUACUUGGAAUCUUCUUGUGCUGGCCUUGCUGUUUAAUCCCAUUCUGUGUGGAUUCUUGCAAAGAUGUGGUACAUUCCUGCCCCAGUUGUAACAACAUCCUCCACAUUCACAAGCGGAGAUGAAACAUUACUCAACUGCCAUCCCUUCAGUUAUAGGAAAACAGACAGACGCCAGCUGUGACCUUUCUCUGCACAUAUGUGUACCUUUAUAGUUAAAUAAGCAUAAUGAGCACUGAGAAUGUUCAGUCAUAUCAUAAAAAUGUAAAACAUAUAAAUGGUGAUUUUUUAUUGUAAAGUGUUUACAAUGUAUUUUUUGUCAUCAUCGCUAUCUGUCUGCAUUUCCAAACAAAAACGUGUAUAUGUAUAUCCACUGUGUCUAAAAAUUUGAAUGUCCACUAUUCAUCUGAAGUCAUUCAUUGAUUAAGAUUAUUGUACUGAAGUAUUUCUUUGCAAUAAAGAGCUCUGAAGUUCUACC